CUUGUGUAUUGAAAUCUUGGGGUUGAAAUUAAGCUGGAUCAGUGUUUUUUUAGAUAAAAUUCAGCUUUUUAUAAACUACUGACAACCUUUCGAAACGCAAAAUGUCAAUACUUCAAGUAGUUGUGGGAGUUGUUGGGGAAGUGAAUCGGCAAAUCAAUAGUGGAGUGAUACCAGUCAUGCGCGCAUAUUUAACCGGAAGUCGAUCAUCUGCAGAAAUAAAGCUUUGCUCUCAUCAUUUCGGGCUUAAAGUCAUAUCUUUUAGUGGGAUUACCAUUUAUAUGUAUAAUAGUUGCAAUCUCGUGGUGCAUGGGUGCCAAUUCUUCUAGGAAAAAAAUGAGUUCACCGACUAAGUUAGCUUCUAGCAAACAUACUGCCACGGUAAUAUUCUUACAUGGGCUCGGCGACACAGGACAUGGUUGGCUUGAGGCAUUUACCCAGAUAGCAAAGCCGCAUAUCAAAUACAUUUGUCCAAAUGCGCCAACCAUGCCAGUCUCCCUGAAUGGUGGGUUUGAAAUGCCAUCUUGGUUUGAUAUCAAGGGUCUUGACCCCAAAUCUCCUGAGGAUGAAGAUGGAAUAAAGAAGGCAGCUAAAUCUUUACAAGACAUUAUAUCAGAAGAAGAAACUAAAAAUAACAUAAAAAGUGACAGAAUUAUAGUUGGUGGGUUUUCUCAGGGAGGAGCAGUGGCGUUAUAUUCAGCGCUGACUACAGAUAAGCCACUAGCAGGAAUUCUGGGUCUGAGCACCUGGCUGCCUCUACACAAGUCUUUCCCUCAGGGGUGUAAGGGUAACAAAGCUACUCCCAUACUGCAGUGCCACGGUAAAUCAGAUCCCGUUGUUCCUUUCACAAUGGGCAACAUGACAGCUGACCUCCUAAAGUCUUUCACUAGCAACCAUGAGUUAAAAUCUUUUAAUGGUUUAGGACACAGUUCUAGUCCACAGGAGAUGCAGGAUGUCCAAGUAUUUAUAGACAAAGUCUUACCACAUGAAUGAUGUUAGAUGAUUACAUACCAGUGUCUCAGUCAUUGAAGAUAUUCCCAUUCACAGAAUAAGCAUCAUUGGAUCAUAAUGUUGAAAUAGACAAACUACAAAUCUACAAUAUUCUGUUCACACAAUAAGCAUC